AGAAAAGAGUGAUCCUCGCAAAAGCAAAGCAUAUUACAGAGAAAAAGAGAGAGAGAAAAGAGGAGAGAGAGGUUACCGGACUUGAAAUCUCCUAUUCGCCGGAAUUUGGGAACUGCGUCACGUCCGGACCUGGGUUUUCCGUUAAGAGAGCGAGAGAGAGGAAACCACAGAGUGAAGUGAGAAGCUUUCAUUUCCGAGCCAGCGAAUUUGGGUGGGAAGUUCGUUCGAUUCACCGGGGAAUUGUGUCAAUUUCCGAUCAAGGGUUUUCGAUUAGGGUUUUGCCGCGAAGGAAAGUCGGUUUCUUUUUGGGGAUUUUAGGGUUUUUUUAUUUUUGUUGACUCGCUGACUGCGAGUGUGGGUCUUUAUGAAGUUGGGAUCUCUUAAUUUGGGGAGAGGUUGUUGAUGUUUACGCCGCAGCGGUGGUCGGGUUGGUCUCGGACGCCCAAAACCGGGGCUGAGAAGACCGGAACUGGGUCUGGGACGACGAACAUGAAUUCCGGCAAGUCGAAGAUGGACUCCGGCGAGGUGGGGAAAGGGGUUGUCUUGUUUGAACCCACGACGCCGGCUUCGGGUCUUUUAGGGAAUGGUGAGGCGGCUUCCGACCGGGAAGGGAUAACUCGGAGGCUUUUGGAGCUCGAAAACGAGCUUUAUGAAUACCAAUACAAUAUGGGGUUGCUCCUGAUUGAGAAAAAGGAGUGGACGUCUAGGCAAGAAGAACUCGGGCAGUCAUUGGCAGAAGCAAAAGAUGCUCUCAAAAGAGAACAAGCUGCCCAUUUGAUUGCAACUGCUGAAAUUGAAAAGCGAGAGGAGAAUUUGAGGAAGGCCUUGGGAGUUGAGAAGCAGUGUGUGCUUGAUCUAGAGAAGGCUUUGCGUGAGAUCCGUUCAGAGAUUGCAGAAAUUAAGUUUACUGCUGAUUCGAAGUUGGCAGAGGCAAAUGCUUUGGUUGCCAGCAUAGAAGAAAAAUCACUGGAGUUAGAGGCAAAGUUGCGUACUGCUGAUGCGAAGCUAGCUGAAGUCAGCAGGAAAAGUUCGGAGAUAGAGAGCAAAACAAUGGACUUGGAGGCUCGAGAAAGUGCCCUUCGAAGAGAUAGAUCCUCCUUCAAUUCAGAACAGGAAGCACGGGAGAAUUCUUUGGCCAAGUGGAGGGAGGACUUACUAGAAUGGGAAAGGAAAUUGCAAGAGGGAGAAGAGAGGCUAGCCAGAGGUCAAAGAAAUAUCAACCAAAGAGAGGAGAGGGCAAAUGAGCACGAUAGGUCUUUGAAGAAUAAAGAGAAGGAUCUAGAAGAUGCAGAGAAGAAAAUUGAUGCAACUAACGAAACACUGAAAAGAAAAGAAGAUGAUGUUACGAGCAGGCUAGCAAGUCUAACUUUAAAAGAAAAGGAAUAUGAUGAUAUGAGAAUGAACUUAGAAGUGAAGGAGAAGGAGUUACUAGCUCUGGAAGAAAAGCUCAAUGCUAGAGAAAGAAUUGAGAUCCAAAAGGCUACUGAUGAACACAAUGCCAUUCUGCAUGCAAAACAAUGUGAUUUUGAGUUGGAAAUUGAUCAAAAGAGAAAAUCGUUGGAUGAUGAAUUGAGAAACAGGUUGGUUGAUGUGGAGAAGAAGGAAUCUGAAGUCAAUCAUAUGGAGGAGAAAGUCACUAAACGGGAGCAAGCAUUAGAAAAGAGAGGGGAAAAGCUCAGGGAGAAAGAGAAGGACUAUGAAUCUAAAAUGAAGGCCUUGAAGGAAAAAGAGAAAUCUAUUAAAUCGGAGGAGAAGAACUUUGAAGCGGAGAAGAAACAGUUACUUGCUGAUAAAGAGGAUAUGGCUAGGCUUUUGGCUGAAAUGGAGCAGAUAAAGGCUGAUAAUGAAGAUAAGCUACGGAAGAUCAGUGAGGAGAGUGAUCGAAUGAAAGUAAGUGAAGAAGAGAGGUCACAGUGUCAGCGGUUGCAGUCAGAAUUGAAACAGGAAAUUGACAAGUACAUGCAACAGAAAGAACUGCUUUUAAGGGAAGCUGAAGAUUUGAAGCAGCAAAAGGAGCUUUUUGAGAAAGAGUGGGAAGAGUUGGAUGACAAAAGAGCUCAGAUUGAGAAAGAGCUGAAGAGUGUGAGAGAACAGAAAGAAGAAGUCGAAAAGCUCAAUCGAAUUGAAGUAGACAGGUUGAAAAAUGAAAGAGUGGCGGCACAGGAUUGUAUACAAAGAGAGCGAGAAGAUCUUGCCUUGGCCCAGGAAUCAUUUGCCGCCCAUAUGGAGCAUGAGAAGGCAGUAUUAGCUGAAAAAGUUCAAAGCGAGAAAAGUGAAAUGGUUCAUGAAUUUGAAGCUCUGAAAAGAGAACUUGAAACUGAUAUGCAGAAGCGGCUAGAGGAGUUGGAGAAACCCUUACGGGAAAGGGAGAACUCUUUUGCAGAAGAAAGAGAGAGAGAAUUAGACAAUGUUAAUUACUUAAGAGAUGUUGCUAGAAGAGAAAUGGAGGACAUCAAGGCUGAAAGAAUUAAAAUUGGAAAAGAGAGACAAGAAGCUGAUGAAAAUAAGGAGCAUCUUGAAAGGCAGCGAGUUGAAAUUAGGAAAGACAUUGAUGGACUUCUCGAUCUUAGCCGGAAACUGAGGGAUCAGCGAGAACAAUUUAUUAAGGAAAGAGAACACUUUAUUUCAUAUGUUGAGAAGCUCAAAGGUUGCAAGAACUGUGGUGACAUAAUCUCUGAGUUUGUGCUUUCUAAUCUACAACCUAUAGCUGAAACUGAAGACACGGAGGUCCUUCCCUUGCCAAGACUGAGUGAUGAUUAUGUGAAGGUAAGUUACAAUGAAAACCUGGCUGCUGCUGAGAGGAACAAUAAUGAGAAGUCUUCUGGUGCUGAUUCAAAAUCUCCAGUUUCUGGUGGAAUGUCUUGGCUUCGCAAGUGCACCUCAAAGAUUCUUAUUUUCUCUCCAGGGAAAAAGACUGAGUCUGGUGCUCUACACAAUUUGGCAAAGGAAACCCCAUUUUCACAUGAGCAAGAUAGAGAACCAUCCAAUAGGUUACAUACUGAAAAUGAGGCGGAGGUUUCUUUUGGAGUGGCAAGUGGUUCUUUAGAUGUGCAGAGAAUCCAAUCUGACAACAGCAUCAGAGAGGUUGAUGCUGGCCAAUAUCCUUCAGCUGAUGAACACAUCAGUGAAGCACCCAAUGUGUUAAAAGAUUCACAGCCAACUAAUUUGAAGGGUGGUCGUCAGAAGCCACGUGGGAGAGGCAGGGCCACAGUUAACAGAACACGCUCUGUGAAAGCAGUUGUCAAAGAUGCUAAGGCUAUACUUGGAGAGGCUUUUGAAACAAACGACGGUCAGUAUCAGAAUGGGACUGCUGAGGAUUCUGCCAAUAUGUAUACUGAAAGCCAUGACGAUUCUAGUCUUGCUGGUAAAAGAACAACAAGAAAUGGACGGAAGCGUGGCCGUGCUCAGACAUCUCAAGUUGCUGUGAGUGAGCAUGGUGGGGAUGAUAGUGAACGGUCUGACAGUGUCAUGACCGGCCAGCGCAAGAAGAGGCGAGAAAAAGUUCCUGCAGCUGAGCAACCUCCAAAUGAAAGACGGUACAAUCUCCGGAGAUCCAAAGCUGGUGGUAAAGUUGCUGCUGCAAAAGUCUCACACGACCUUGUCAAACAAAAUGAAGAGGUUGAUAGUGCCAGAGAUACGGAGGCGGAGAUUCUCUACUCCAAAGCUGCUCCUGCUACUUCAACAGGAUUUGCUAGCGAGAAUGGUGGAAGCACACACUUUGUGCGGUGUGGGACUCUUGCAGACACUCAAGAUGGUGGUGCAGAUGGAGUAGAAAAUUCGGCUGAGAAUAUGGCAGUGAGUGAAGCAAAUGGUUCCACAGAAGGGGGUCAGGAGUAUGUUGAUGGAGAGGAGUACAGGAGUGAAUCACGUGGGGAGGAUGCAAAUCUUAUUGAAGAUGAUGAUGAUGAUGAUGAGUCUGAACAUCCUGGUGAGGCCUCGAUAGGGAAGAAGGUUUGGACCUUCCUCACAACAUAAGAAAUGAAAACCUGUAUUGCAUGUUGGCUUUGGAGUUUGGACGGAGGACUUAACGAUUUCAGUGUAGUUUUUCUUCUUUUGUUCUGGAGUUUCAGUGUAGUUAGAACCAUUGUAGUGUAUUUGAGGCAGAGGGAUAGGGUUUUUGUUUACCCUCUUUCUUUUAAUUUUAGGAUUCAAAGGUAUUUGGGGCUGCUUCUCUUUCUACAGUAGGUAGCAGUAGCCAGUGCAUAUUAGGAGUCAGCUCCGCCCUUCCACAUUGUUUGUAUCAUAGUUUGCACGUCUGUUUAGUUAUGGACUGAUUGUUUGAACUAAGAUGAUUUCCCCAUCUCGUAUUUCAACA